AUGUGCAAGGACCGCGGGUAUCUGGUCAUGCCGAAAGAAUUAGAACAGACAUUGGAUGACUUUAAGCUUACUGUUGGCGAUCCGCCCGUUCGAAAGGAUUUACUCAUGGUGGUUAAUCAUGAAGAGGAUCCUGCUGACAUGCUGUACGUAUUCUUUCCCGAUGAAGAGAAAGUUAAUAUGAAGACUAUCCGCGCCUACCUCAACCAAAUGCAACAAGAUAGCACUUUCAGAGCCAUUCUGGUCCUCCAAGAAAAGGGUUUAACUCCUUUCGCCAAGACGGCCAUUGCUGAACUCUCCUGUAAAUACACUCUAGAAUGUUUUUAUGAAACUGAGCUCAUGGUUAAUAUUACUGAACACCAGCUUGUCCCACAACACAAUGUCCUCACCCAGGAAGAAAAGAAAGAGCUGUUAGAGCGAUAUCGACUCAAAGAGAGCCAGUUGCCCAAAAUGCAGUCCAGUGACCCUGUGGCUCGGUACUACGGAUUACGGAGAGGUCAGGUGGUUCGUAUUACACGUCCAUCGGAAACGGCGGGGCGCUAUAUCACCUACCGAAUUGUUAUUUGAAAUGAACCUGAUUGCUUCUCACACUUGUAAUUGUCUUUUUGGUUUUAUUCGUCAAAAGCAGUACUCUCCAGCAAUAAAC